ACUACUGAAGUCAGGAUGGUCCAGAAAGUCCUGAAUAAAGUCGUCGGUGCCAAGUACAUUUCUGUUUUAAGGACAUGGGUGCCAAAUUUGGUCGCCUGGGGAACAGUUGGUGGAGUGGCGCUCGUCCACUUCACAGACUGGCGAUUAAUUCUAGACUAUGUGCCAUACAUUAAAAACAAGUUCAAGACGGAUGAGUAAAGUCCCACACAACUAAAUUGACCAGAGAUUGGGAAUGGGCUCAUGGGUGGAUUGCUUGCACAACGCAAACUUAAGGGGGAUGCGCCGGCUCAACAAUCAGUCACUGAGGGCUCGUUAGGAGUUCGGACAACGGGAUGCACUAUGUAUAAAUGCUGUUCUUCAUGGAGUAUUAUUUAAUGUGAAUAAAUCUUUAAUUUCCCCGAAUGUGCCCAUUUAUUCUGCAAAAUUCCAGCUGUUCAGAUGUUUUGUUCAAAGUGCUCAGUGAGAGGUUUUUAAUCUUUAUUUGUGUUCAGUGCUUCAUAUGCAAGUCCAGUGUGUUUUUGGAAAAUUGCUCAAGAACUGCAUAUACUCUACAAUACUCUGUUGCAUGGAGCAGGUUUGAAAGUGUGGCUUUGCAGACAUGAUCUUUUCCAACUGCUCAUGACUAUUUGUGCUGUAAAAGUAGUGUGAAAUAAAAAAAUAUUGAAGAUUGUU